UCGUGCUUCACGUCCUCUAACUGAAGAGGCGUAGCUCUUUGCUCUCUGCUCAUUGUGCGACUACGGCGAGAGAAAUUUCCGCUUCCUGCGCCGAUAAACACCCCCCAACCAAAACCAAGUUGGGGUAGGGAGAAGACACACAGACGUACGCGGGGAUUUGCCGCCUGACUACGGGUUUAAACCCCCCCCUGACGACUGCAAUGGUUUCACUAUCAGGCGGCGAAUAGCACAAAACGUUAUCAACUUUACGUUCACACUGUACGUUACACGGGAGCGUUUCGCGCAUUUGCACUGCAGGAGCCUCUGAAAAAAAAUAAGGCUAAGGAAGGAGGAGGACCACAGAAAAAAGGACAACACACACACAGAGAAGCCAGGCUACUACGGGUUUUCCUCCUCGCAGCUCCGACUGAAAGCCCGUUUUCAGCCUCCAGGAUGUCGGAGCGAGGAGGGCUCCCGCGGACUGGGGGCGUCCCUUCGCCGCACAUGCAGCCCUCCAAGCCGGUCUGCAUCACCUCCAACCGGCCGGUCCACAUGAACCUGUACGCUACCUGGGAGGUGGACCGCUCCUCACCCAGCUGUGUGCCCAGGCUGUUCAACCUGACUCUGAAAAAGCUGAUCAUGCUAAAGGAGCUGGAUAAAGACCUCACCUCCGUGGUCAUCGCCGUCAAACUGCAGGGUUCAAAGCGGAUCCUGCGGUCCAACGAGAUCCUGCUGUCCUCAGCGGGACUGACAGAGACCGACCUGCAGCUCACCUUUUCCCUGCAGUACCCACACUUCCUAAAGAGGGACGCCAACAAGCUUCAGAUCAUGCUGCAGCGACGGAAGCGAUACAAGAACCGGACCAUCCUGGGCUACAAGACCCUGGCCCUGGGACUCAUCAACAUGGCCGAGGUGAUGCAGCACCCCAGUGAGGGGGCCCAGGUCCUGGGGCUCCACAGCCAGCUGAAGGACGCCUCGGUGCCCGUCGCUGAGAUCAGAGUCUACUCACUAUCCAGCCAGCCCAUCGACCAUGAGGGACCCAAAGCAAAGAUGUCUGAUCGCUCCCCAGACAUCGACAACUACUCCGAAGAGGAGGAAGAGAGCUACUCGUCAGAACAGGAGGGCAGCGACGACCCCAUUCAUGGACAGUACCUAUAUGACGAAGAAGACGAGGUGAGAAAAAAGAAGCCGAGGCGCAAGCUCCCUUCCAAUGCCGCCAUCACCAGACAACCCAACAUCAAGCAGAAGUUUGUCGCCUUGCUGAAAAGGUUUAAAGUCACCGAUGAGGUCGGUUUUGGCCUGGAGCAUGUGUCGAGGGAGCAGAUCCAGGAGGUGGAGGAGGACCUGGACGAGCUCUACGACAGUCUGGAGAUGUACAACCCCAGCGACAGCGGGCCGGAGAUGGAGGAGACCGACAGCAUCCUCAGCACACCCAAACCUAAGCUAAGGCCCUUCUUUGAGGGAAUGUCUCAGUCCAGCUCCCAGACGGAGAUCGGCAGCCUGAACAGCAAAGGCAGUUUGGGUCGAGACACUUUCAGCCCGCAGGGGGAGCAGCCUGCUUUAGAGAAGAUGAAACACUCUCGCAGCCGCAACCUGGAGGAGGCCCUGUCUGAGACUGACACACUGGAGCUAACAGAUCAGGAGCCGUUUGCUGAGGUGGGCCCCUGCAUCAUGGUGUCAGUAGCAGAGAAACCCCGUACACCUCUGAAGAGCAGCAAAAGUGAAAUUCAGGCCAUGCCAUCGCCAAGGUUGGACGGGGGCCAUACACCCAGACAAAAGCGCAUUAGCACUCCCAUGAAGGAGAGACAGCUGUCCAAACCCUUGAGUGAACGGACCAACAGCUCAGACUCGGAGAGAUCCCCGGAGCUGGGACACAGCACGCCGCUCCUGAGGAAGGCAGUGUACGACCAGCUGAACCAUAUUCUUUUGUCGGACUCCGCCCUCCCAGAGAGCCUGAUCUUGGUCAACGCCACUGACUGGCAGGGUCAGUAUGUUGCAGAGCAGCUCCAGGUACAGAGGCACCCGGUGGUCUGCACGUGUUCGUCGGCUGAAAUCCAGGCGGUGCUGUCAGCUGUGCUCACUCGCAUCCAGAAAUUCUGUAACUGUAACUCGUCCAUGCCCAGAGCGGUGAAAGUGGCGGCGGUGGGCAGCCAGAGUUACCUAGGAGCCAUCCUGCAGUUCUUUGUCACUCAGCUCGCCAGCAAGACGUCCGACUGGCUCAACCACAUGCGCUUCCUGGUCGUGCCUCUGGGCUCCCACCCGGUUGCCAAGCACCUCGGCGCCCUUGACAAUCGCUACAGCUCCUCCUUUCUGGACGGGGCGUGGAGAGACGUGUUCAGCCGCUCUGAGCCGCCACAGACAGAUCAGUUGGAUGUAGCGGCAAGAAUCUCCCAGUACAUUAGUGGAGCCACAGUCACACACCAGCUGCCCAUCGCUGAGGCCAUGCUCACCUGCAAACACAGAACGCGAGAUGAAGACUCCUACCAGAAGUUUAUUCCUUUUAUAGGGGUGGUGAAGGUUGGUCUUAUCGAGUCUGGUCCUUCUCCAACAGGAGAUACAGAAGAGGGCGUGGCGGUGAGUUUGGCUGUCCCAUCCACGUCUCCCCCCUCCCACAGCUCACCCACAGGGAUGAUUAAAGAGGCAGCCACGCCUCCCUCCUCCCCCUCUACGGGCAGCGUCCUGACAGUACAAGGGAGUCCCAGUAUGUCUCACGGCGUGGACGCCAUCGGCCUGCAGGUCGACUACUGGCUGGCCUCCCUGGCUGAGAAGCGGAGGGAGGGCGAGCGACGUGACACGGGCUGCAAGAACACACUGAAGAGCGCCUUCCGCUCACUGCAGGUCAGCAGGCUCCCAGGCGGGGGCAGCAGCGACCCACAGGCCCAGGUCAGCACCAUGGCCAUGACCGUGGUCACCAAGGAGAAGAACAAGAAAGUUCCCACCAUCUUCCUGGGAAAGAAGCCAAGGGAGAAGGAUGUAGACUCAAAAAGCCAGGUCAUUGAAGGCAUCAGCCGACUCAUCUGCUCUGCCAAGCAGCAACAGACCAUCCUGAAAGUGUCCAUAGACGGCGUGGAGUGGAACGACGUUAAGUUCUUCCAGCUGGCCGCCCAGUGGCCCACUCACGUCAAAUACCUACCUGUCGGACUUUUCGGCUACAGCAAGCCCCAAUCUUAGGGGUUCUCUGGUCCUGACUUGACCCUCAGCUCUCCUCGAUCCUGUAACACUUUUGCGCAAAGACCCCGCCUCAUAGCACCUGCAGAUCUGAGAGAAGACGUCGAGUGGCUGGACUGUUUUCAUUCGUUAGUUUCAUUUUGGCUACAGCCGUCUUAUUUCUCUUUGGAAAGGAGAGGCCGAGGAGGAAGAGGGUGGUGCUGGGGUGCAGCGUUGUUACUAGUCACUUUAAUGCCCCUUUUUGUGUGUGUUUGUGUGUGUGGCGAGUGUGCAUGCACCCGUGAAUGUACAGUGUGUCUGUGUGUAUGUGUGUGGGUGUUUACAUGGGGCUUACAGCACAAGUUUAUUAGCUAACUGCCAUUUACGUUUCCGUUCUAUGGAAUGCAAUAGCAUGCAACAACUCACCGUUUUUAAGCCCUUAAAGUCUGACCCUCAACUUUUCGACCUCUUCAAGGUCCCACUCAUCUCACUCGAUCAAGACCUGAUCCACACAAGCAUGCUCACAGAUACACCACUCAUGUGCCGCAAAACAAUUUAAAAUAAAAAAGUAUCACAAUAGAGCUUCAGUGUUUGCAUGAGCUAGCGAAAACACAAAGAAAAGUCUCCUCUGUUCACAAAAUGCUGUCAAAUACCAGGCCUGCAUGGGAUGAAUUUCAACAGAUUCCCUUCAAAAACAGUACUUUUAUUUUUUAUUUCAAGGGCUUCCAUAUAAUUUAGAAUAUUUUUUUCUGUACCAAAAUAUUCAAAAUAAUUCAUUUGGAUGUCUAAUGCCAAAUGUUUCCUUUCAAAAAAGAAUAUAUAUAAAGGGGAAGUGUUUUUUAAAAUUGUGUUAUUGUGAAAAAUAGAAAAACCUUCCCUUGCGCUGUUUUGUGAUGCAUAGUGUACGUUUUUGUGAAGAGUUCCAGAAUUUCAGGGCAGGGGCUACUGUAACACGUAGGUUUCUUUAUCUUCUUAUUUGCUAUGCACUUAAAAAUACACAUCCGGGGGUUUGUAGAGUAUAGCUGAAUAGAUUAACCCAAGCAAAUAUGCAACCUGAAACUGAAAAAACAAAAUGCAUAUUUAAACAGUCCAAAACUCAGCAGCGUUGAUGGGAACGUGAUGGAUAAACUCUGUUUUUCCAUGAGUAUCUUUACCGCAAAAAUAAGAGUUAAACACCUGCAAUAAAGCACAAUGUUGUUUGCCAGUUGUCCCCAUAACAAUCUUUCUUUGUUGGCAACAGACUGGCAGCUUUCUCUUCAGUGAAAACAGUGGACCUGGUAAAAAAAAAAAAAAAAAAAGAUUUAUAAGCAUUUUCCAUUUCUCUUCAGACUUCUUAAUAACCUUAAUUUUAUCAGGAAAAAAAAAAGUAUUUGGGUUGAUGUCAGUUGUUUUGACACAGUUCUGCUACAGGCUUUCUCUAGGAUGUCUUGAGGUGAUUAGUGAGUGUACAGUAACUGGUAACAAGUGUGCUUGUAUGUGGUGAAAUAAAUGUAAUGUGGUCAGAAACUUAAAAAAACUAAAUCACUAAAUAGAAGGAAUACUUUUUUCUACCAUGUGACAGAGAGCAUGCAAAUGGUGUGUGUGUGUGUGUGUGUGUGUGUGUGUGUGUGUGUGUGUGUGUGUGUGUGUGUGUGUGUGUGUGUGUGUGUGUGUGUGUGUGUGUGUGUGUGUGUGUGUGUGUGUGUGUGUGUGUGUGUGUGUGUGUGUGUUGCACUGUGUGUUGAUGAUGUGGCCAUUAUCAAUAUCAUUGAUUAUCAGAUUAGGACUGCAAAAGCUGCAAUGGUCGUUCUGUUUACUUUGUAGCCUGGCACAAGGCAAAUUCAGAUUUUCCACCACUAAACACAAUAAAAUACAAAAUCACAUAAUAAAAUUCUGUUUUAUUGAAAUAUGUCGAUUGAAAUUCAACUAAUUUCGGUGCAAAUCCAAGAAUGUUAUCUGCAACAGUAGUUUAUAAUAAUUGUCAUAAAAGCAACAUGCAAUGCUUAACGGGCCCGUGUAGCUCUGCCUUGUGUCACCUACAUCGUAACACUCACCCAUCUCCGGUAAAGUAUUUGAAAAAUUGUUUUUAUUAAUAGUCUUAAUGCCAAUGUCUUUGAUUUAAAUGCUGUUUUUGUUGGUUUGAAAAUAGAUUGUUUUAGACAGUUGUUUUUUUUUCUCUCGAUAUUACACUGUUACAGUUGUGAUGUCAGCAGCACGUCUCUAACUCGGCUCAUUUUUCGGUUUGACAGCACCUGUUACACGUAUAGGUUUCACACCGGAGGGUUUGCUUGUUUGUUCAUUCUCGUAUUUGGUCAACAGCUCAUCUGUGACCACUGAACAAACACUCAGUUUGGCAUUGAUUUGAUUAGAAGUACUUCCAAAUAUUUGAAUGUAUUGAAUUUAGUUUACAUGUGCAGUUUUAACGCACAAGUAGAUGUGUUACUACAAUAUAAUCAUUUGGUGUUGUUUGGCCUGUGCAGUCAUUUUCAAGUCUGCAUGAACAGUUGACAGACAGCCAGUCUGGAUACUUUUCCUGAACCUUUUUGUGUUAACAACAAAAACCAAACAGCACCCCCUUUGAAACCAGUCAUUUUUCUUUACUUGUGAUGCUGACAACCAGUUAAGGGCUUGACAGACAGACUGACUGAUAGCCUUCACACACGGGCUGGGUUUCAGUGUGUUGAUGUACUGUGUUGAUGUGCUGUAGUUUGACUGUAGUUUGAUUUCAUUCCAAAAAUAAUUACAUUUGAAAAUACUGACACUAAAAAGCAUACAUCAUUUGUUCUUAUGAAACCUAAUCUUAAGACAUUUGCUAUAAAAAAAAAAGUACAUUCAUCUCGGUACCGCUUUAAAAUAACCCAUACCAAUUUGUCACUAAUGACUUCAUUAACGUUAAUAAAUAAUUAUAAGAAUGCAUUGAAGUUCAUGAUUGAUCUGCUAUUAUGCAUUAAUUAGGUCCCUCUGGUUAUUUAACAAUAUAUCAAUAUAAAAACAAUAUGGUUCUUACAACUGCACUUGUUUUUUAACAAUGGGUCAAAUUAUUACAUGGGAUUUGAAAUCUGUGGCUCAUAGUGACAAACACCCAGAAAAGAAUCACCCAACUCUUCAGUUCCCUUCAGGUCUACAGAGCGUUUCAGCUCAUUGUUUUGGUGUAAGGGCCUGUAACUACCAAUUUGGGUUCACUCUCAUGGCCCUCAUCAGCCAUCGCAAGCAGCUGAUUUCAUCUGAAAACCCAGUGUACUCUACCUGCUCAGCACCAAACAGCAGACAGACGCCGUUAGCAACUACCUGGGGAACAUAGUGGAGCAUUUAGCAGCUAAAGAGCCAGAUAUUUACCUCAGGAGUUGGUGGAGACUCAAACAGAGCAAAAAUGAGAGUGGAUAUAGGACUGGAAUUCAUAAGGUGGCCAGUAACACAGCUCAACUUGAAUGAUAGUGUUGCUAUUAAGAUCUGUAGUGUAAAUAAGAUAAAUAUAUAAGAUAUAGUGUAGAUGAACCAAAGGGAUCCUUCAACCAAAUAUGCCAACACAGUCUAAUUUACUUUAUUCAUUGUAAUAGCAUCUUGCUGAUCUUUUUUAAAUAUUUAAUAAAGUUUAGUGACAACUUAGAAUGUUUUUUUAUUUUAAUUAUACUUUAUUAUGAAAUGGUACCGUGCUUUUUUACAUUUGGAAAAUGGAUUCCAAAAUUAGUCUUUUCAAAAUGUAUUUACUUUUUUGGAAUGAAAUGCUUGAUUUUUUUUUUUUUUACUGAAACUGGAGGGUCAAUGAUCUUGUAUCUGCUGUUAGAGACAACCUCUACUAACUCAAAAUGCUCUUUGCCUUGUAGUGUUGGUAGCGUAAUUAAUGCAAUCAUGUGAAUCUAAACUUUUCCUAAAUGGUAUAUUGAUGCCUCUUUUCGCUUGCAGCCUCCACAGAGAGGUUAAAGGUCAACUGAUUCCCAGCUUACUGCUCACUGAUUGAACUGAACUUGGAAAUAUUUGUCUGAAAGAGAACGUUAAAAACAAAAUCACUGCCAAAACUAAAAUGUGAAGAAAUUGUGAUUAUAUUCAGAUAGAUUUAUGGAGGUUUUUGGGGAGGUUGCUGAUAACUGAAACCAACACAAGUGAUGCUUGUUCUGAAGUCACAAUUUCAAUGUUCACAGCCAUGUUCAGCAGCUUUUCUUGAUCUUUCAUCACCAACUAUCCCAUCAUUCUUACAGUUUACACGUUUUCCUAAAGUCUCUUUUAAAAACGCUGGUUGUUCUGUAAGUCUUGAACUUGUUCCUGUGUGUUUUUACCUGUACCUCUGUAUCUGUGUCGGCCGGUGUUUGUGACAGUGUAACGAUGGUUCCUCUGACCUUGACUAGUCGUGGUUAGAGAUUAGGAGCUGUUUGGUCCAUCAAUAAUCUCUGUCAGUGAUCAGCAGUGUCUUUUCUCUCCACCGUCCUCAGAUAUACCUCUGACGAUGAGAGAGUCUUCUUCACCAGGCAUCCACAAGCUUAGCUUUCUAAAGUCAUGUGAAAUGAUAUUGUUCCCAUUCCCUAACAGCUUGUAAAUUCCGCCGUGUGUCCUCAUGGGAACAGGAUUUCCCUAUAAAAGCAGUAGAUUUCUGCUCAGCUCAGAGUGUCCUAAGCUUGUGGACUUGUGGAGAGUAUUUUGCACAUUCCAUUGUUUCUUCAGCAGCAGUCUUCAGCUUUUUUGCCUUUUGCCUAUAACAAUAAUUAUGAUAAACUAUAAUGCUUGUACAUAUCAGAUAGUACUUGUUAUAUUAGUUCUGUUCUUUGUAUUAAUUUGACAUGUUUUGUAGUACUGCUUUUUCAUGAUUACUUUUGUCAAUCAAACAGAUGUGGAGAUUAGAAGUGUUCAUUGUUUCAUUUGUUUUUUUUAAAUAAAAAUAUUCCUGAUUUGUAA